AUGGGAAGGCCAAAACUUAGAAGAGCUAAAGCACCAACUACAUAUGGAAAUAAUAGAAUAAAAAUUAUGGGCGAAGCUGAUGUAAAAGUACAAUUAAAUGAUAAAAUAAAAUGGCUUCCGUUAUUAGUUACACAAACAAAUGAUGCAGCCCUAUUUGGAUUUCCGUGGAUUAUAGAAUUUGACUUAUCGUUACCAACAAAUAUAAAAAUCAAUAUGAUCAACAAUAGAUAUAAAUACAAUGAUAAUGGGAACGUGAAUAUUGACAAACUAUAUAAAGAAUUUGCUGCAAUGUUUGAUAAUAAAUUAGUAUUAAUAAAAAAUGUCGAACCAAUAAAACUACAAUUGGAAGAAAAUACAAAACCAAUUGCACUGUCAGCUAGAAGAGUACUGUUGCCUUUAAAAUUAGAAAUUGAAAAUGAACUGAAACGUUUGGAAGAAAAUAAUAUAAUAAAGAAAAUAGAUCCAUCAACAACACGAGUAACCUGGGGUACUCUAAUGGUAGUGGUACGUAUCAGGUGA